CAACCUUCUGAUAAUGUGCACUGCCUAUGCAAAAUAAUUUGCCGCAUUCACAGCUUCGUUUCGAAAAAAAAAGUGUGGGAAUCCCCAUGCUUCAUUGUGAGCUGAUUAAGACCUUCGUUUGCGAUGGUUCAAUCUCGUUCGAACAGUCUGGGCGUACAGUCGGUUAGGUGUGUAGUAUAAGUUUAAUGUGCGCAAACCAACAGAAUGCAAUUCAUCAUAGAAAGUGUGAUCUUCGUACUGCUUGUCACUUGUGUCGAUGUUGAUUCGAACGGUACCGGCUAUGGGUACGAAAUGAUUACAGCUCGUCUCGAUUCUCUGCAAGGUCUCGAGUCGGAGCUGCUCACCUACACGAACGGUACGGUAGAGCAGCUAACGAAAAUGGUACAGCUGUUAACUCGCCUUCAGGUGAGCCCAGGCACAUCCAAUCCAGGCGCUUCUACACCCGCCUCAGUGGGUGCAUCGUGUAGAGACGUUCCUUCGCAAGUGUCCGGCAUCUACCGUAUCGAACCGGACUAUCCCUUCAAUGAACCGAUGACAGUGUACUGUGAUCAGCAGUACGAAGGUGGCGGAUGGACAGUCAUUCAGCGUCGUUUCGAUGGUUCGGUAGAUUUCUUCCGCGAUUGGGAGGACUAUAAGCGUGGGUUCGGUACACUGCGCGGUGAGUUCUGGCUCGGAUUGGAUCGGAUCCACCGGCUCACAAACGUUGCCCCGCACGAGAUGGCCAUCGUGCUGAAGGACUUUGACGGGGUGAACGCUGCGGCACGGUACAAAAAGUUUCGCAUCACAUCGGAAACCUUAAACUACGCCAUCAUCGAGCUGGGUGAGUGUAGCCCUUGCGGUGCUGGCGACGCGAUGCGCAUUCAUCUGAACGAAAGCUUCUCGACGUACGAUCGCGAUCGGAGCAAGGCGACGUUCAACUGUGCCAAGGCGUUUAAAGGUGGCUGGUGGUUUUAUCGGUGUCAUCGAUGCCAUCUGAAUGGAGAGUAUCUGCGCGGUAAGCUGACUGAAGCUCAGGACUCGCAUGGUCUUAUGUGGAUGGACUUUCGAGGCAAUAAGUACUCAUUGAAGGCUACCACCAUGAUGAUUAGGCCAAUAAAGUGAUUUAUUUUAUUUCAAGCAUUAUGUAUAACGGGAGGAAAAUUGUGUUGAAUACUUUUGCAGGAGUAGUUACUAUAGUCGUGAACUUGGUUUGUUGAUUAUUGCAAUUUUUUAUCGUAGAUUGUAUGCACAUCUGCACGGUAAAAAUAAUAAAAAAAAUCAUUUAUAGAAAAAAAAAAUCAUACAAAUUAAUAAUUUUGAAGUUACAUUUUUAGCUUAAACAAAUUAGCUUAAACUAUAAACCAAAAGCCUCAGUUCAGCAGAAAAAUAUCACUUGAUACUUUAUAAACAUCCAGAAACGAACGAUAUAAAUGCCUAAAUGUAUGCAAUCAUCAAACAACAAAUUUACAAACCUAAAAAGGGUAAUCUGAACUUAAUAAAAGCAGCCUUAUUCAACUUACCAUUACUGCG